CAGCCCGCCCUGAGGCUCGGCGGGGCCGGGCAUGGGGGACGAACGAGGUUCGGGGGGCGACUGCCUGCUUCAUUCAGAGAAGGAAUUCCACGAUGCAGCAAAGCGUAAUGACACGGCCAGGAUGGAGGAGCUCAUCAGGAGAGGGGUUGACAUCAAAGCCAAAAAUAAUACAGACAGGACUGCCCUGCACUGGGCUGCAGGAGCAGGGAAUGUGGAUGCUGUCCGUCUGCUCCUGGAUCAUGAUGUCCCACUGGAUGACAAAGACAGUUUUGGAAUGAAUGCCCUUCUCCUGUCUGCCUGGUUUGGUCACCUCCAUGUCCUGCAGAUCCUCGUCAAUGCUGGGGCCAAGACUGACUGUGUCAAUAAGAAUGGCAGGAACCUCCUCCACUGUGCAGCUCAGAGGGGACAUGUCCAGGUGAUGGAAUUCAUCCUAGAGGACCUGGAGGACAUGUGUGUGGAUAAGACAGACAAGAUGGACAGGACAGCAUUUCACCUGGCUGCAGAGCAUGGGUGGCUGGAGGUGGUGGAGCUCCUAAUCCAACUGGGUUGUUCUCACAGUGCCAAAGACAAGGAAGAAAAUACAGCAUUGCAUUUAGCUGCUAAAAAUGGACAUCUCUCUGUGCUGCAGAAGAUUAUCAAUGUUGGAGUGGACCUUGAUGGAAAGAACUCAGAGGGACUUACAGCUCUGCACCUGGCUGCUGAGGGGGGACACAGCAACUGUGUGAAGCUGCUCUUGGAAGCAGGUGCUGAUGUCAAUGCCCAAACCCAGAAGAAGAUGAGCUGCCUUCAUUAUGCAGCAUUACACGGCUAUGAGGAGAUAGCCAGGAUCCUCCUGGAUGCAGGAAUCCACACGGAUGCUGUUAAUCAUCAAAACGCAUCCGCCACACACGUCGCGGUACUGCAGAACUUCCCAGCCAUGGUGAAGCUCUUCAUCGAGGCAGAGUGUGACCUUGACCUUCCAGAUAAUAGGCAGCAAACCUCGCUCCACAUCGCUGCGGACCAUGGCUGGCAGGACAUCGCUGAGAUGAUUCUCAUUGCAGGAGUUAAUCUGAAUCGAAAAGACAAGCAAGGGAAAACCCCUCUGGAUGUUGCUGCCCGAGGCAAUCACAUCAGCCUGGCUGACAUGAUUAUCAAAGCUGAUAGGUUUUACAAAUGGGAAAAGGACAAUCUGAACAGCAACUCUGACUCCUGGGUGGCAAAGCACCUGAGCUUUAAGCAGGAUCACAGGCUGGAAACACAGCACAUCCGCUCAGUGAUGUGGAGAUUGGCUACCAAGUACCUCAGACCCGGGGAAUGGAAGAAGUUGGCACAUUUCUGGAAAUUCACAGAUGGCCACAUCAGGGCCAUCGAGCAGCAAUGGACAGGUACCAAAAGCUACAGGGAGCAUGGACACAGAAUGUUGCUUAUCUGGCUCCACGGUGUGACCACAGCAGGAGAAAAUCCAAUCAAGGGGUUGUACGAAGGCCUCGUGGAGAUUGGAAGAAGAGAUUUGGCAGAAAGCAUUCGGAAAAAAGCAAACGCAGACUCUACCUCUCCACGGAAGUGCACGGCAAUGUAACAGGGAGGGCAUCGGGGGCUCCCUCAGCUGCUGGAUCCUGGGAGCUACAGGAGAAACAUUUGUUACUGGAUCAGAAACUGGCUGCAACCUUCUAGGAAGAGCAUAGGAAGCCCUUUAGGAGAAGCUGCUCCUUGUCCUAGAAGUGGCAUCGCUGCUGCUUCCCUGACCAUAUUAGACUAUUGUACUCCUAACUUGUUUACAUGACAUUUUUGUAUGUUAAUUUUUAACUGUCAGGUUUUUAAGUUCUUGAGGGGAAAGCCUGUGUUUUCAGGAAUCUUUACUUACCAUUUUUGGAGGGGUGUCUUAUCACUUCUGUCUUCAAUGUGUUCACAACUCCCCUGUCAGGGUGAGAAGUUUAGAAGAAAAGUCAAGGUGACCACCUGGUCCUUUUGGAAGCUGCAAGGGUUGUGAUAUUUAAUGUUUUGGCUCUUCACAAGAAGUUUCAGGGAAGAACAUAAACUAUUUAUAAAUGUACAUUAACAUGCAGGUACUGUUUAUAAAUCUAAUAGGUAAGUUUUCUCAUGUUCCUAGGUUACAGCUUGAAAAGUGUAAGGUAAGAAUGGUCACUGGUUAUCUCCUCAGCCUCUGACCAGGACAGAGUUUUAAAUACUACUUUGUCACAUAAUACUUGGUAUUUAUUUUUAGUGUUUCAAGGAGAAAAUAAUGCCUGUAUUUCAAUAAAUCCAGAUUUCACAAUUAAAUUCACAA